UUGUCUGCGCGAGUCGGUUCGGCCUUGUUGUCGUCUAGGGGGAAUCGGUUUAGGACGCGAAAGAGGUCGUAUCUUGUUUCAGUCUGAUUAGGAGGUCGAUAUUACAGCCUCCCUCGGUUGGCAUUAUCUCAACAUUUCUGACAUCCAGCUGGGUCUCUGGUGUUAUUCCUUUUGUAAAUACUGUUAUUUGUAUAUACUGUAAAUGAUGACCUCAGUGGGCGGAAGCCGGACCCGGGGCAACUGGGAGCAGAUGCAGGGUCAGACACAGAGCCAGUCACAGCACAAGCAGAGGCCCCAGGCCACCGCUGAGCAGAUCCGACUCGCGCAGAUGAUCUCGGACCAUAAUGAUGCAGACUUUGAGGAAAAGGUUAAGCAGUUGGUGGACAUCACAGGAAAGGAUCAGGAUGAGUCCAUGAUAGCGCUGCACGACUGCAACGGAGAUGUAAACAGAGCCAUCAAUGUCCUGUUGGAGGGCAGCCCUGACACUGACUCUUGGGAGAUGGUUGGAAAGAAGAAAGGAGUGUCAGGUCAGAAGGAAAAUGCACAGGCAGAUGGAGGAGAAAGAGGAGAUGAAGGGAAGGAUAACCGAGAGAGAGGAGGAGGAGGAGGAGGAGGAGAAAGAGACAUGGCACGCCGUAGAGGUGGGGCCCCACGGAGGGGUCGUGGAGCCAGCCGCGGACGAGAGUUUCGUGGGCAGGAGAAUGGGCUGGAUGGGGCCAAAGCAGGUGGAGUUGUGGGAAGGGGAACAGAGCGAGGCCGUCGGGGGAGAGGCAGAGGAAGAGGUGGCGCUGGCAGGCGAGGUGGAAGGUUUUCAGCUCAGGGCAUGGGCCAGAUUGAUAAGGGCCCCAGAUAUGAUUUGUCAGGAGAUGAGAGUCUGUUUAACCCAGCGGACUACAGUGAGUCAGCCCAAACAGAAGAGAGCUACACAAGCGGAAGCACUUGGAGUAACACUGGCAAUCUUGAACCCGAGGAUGGAAACCGGCUUGAGUUUACAGGUGGAGAGGGAACAAGCUAUCCCCGAAAAUAUGACUCUGCCCCUGGUGCUUGGAGAACUGCCACAGAAGAGUGGGGUACAGAGGACUGGAAUGAAGAUUUAUCAGAGACCAAGAUAUUCACUGCCUCCAGUGUGGCAUCCAUUCCCAUUCCACAAGAGAAUGUCACCAUUACAGCUGGACAGAGGAUUGAUUUAGCGGUGUUGCUGGGAAAGACUCCUCCUACCACCUCCUCUGAAGUGGAGUCUGCUCAACUUGAUGGCCAACAACCUCUGUCCCAGUCUUUGGUGUUUAGCAAUUCAAAGCAGAAUGCUUCAUUGUCCCAGUCCUCCUCCAGUGCUCCUUAUAGCCAGCACAGCAUGGUGAGCUUGCUCAGUAAGGGUUUUGGUGACGUAGGAGACCCUAAAGGGACCACUGGAGGCUCCACGACUGGUUCACAAUUCCUAGAGCAGUUUAAGACUGCCAAGGCGCUAUCCCAGCUGGCAGCCCAGCACUCACAAAGUGGACCUCCCAACACAGGUCCUUCUACCUGGGAUACCAGCCCCACUACCUUGGGGCAAUAUGAUAUGAAACCUCAAACAGAGCUUGUGCAUAGUCCCUUCACCAAACGGCAGCCAUACCAGCCCGCCUCCACUGCUUCCACGAUGGACGCCUUCUUGCAGGACAAACCCACACCCCCUUCUACCACCUCGUCCCUGCCCCAUCAGUCCACCCAUUCUUCCUCACUGCCCCAGGCCGUUACCACUCCUGUUUCCAAAAUCUCUGGACCCAUUCCAGUUCAGCAGAUAUCUUCCAGUCCCACCGACCCACAGGCGUCCAGCCCCCUCUCCCUACAACAGCACAAACUCAAACAGCAGAAGAAAAGGACUUCCAUUACAACCAAGAUUCCAGCUCUAGCGGUGGAGAUGCCAGGCUCUGCAGAUAUAUCCGGGCUUAACCUGCAGUUUGGAGCAUUACAGUUCGGCUCUGAACCGGUGCUUUCUGAUUAUGAUUCCUCAGCAGCUGUUGCUACGACAACACCCAGCAGCCAAGGCCAAAAUAGUCUUUACACAAGCUCCAGCAAUGAGCAGACAUCAACCCUGUCCAACCCCAGUCAGAUGGAGCUGUACGAACCAAGAGUGAGCCAGACACUGCGCUACCCCCCUUCUGUGUCCUCCUCACCACAAAAAGACUUGCAGCCCAAAAAUGGGUUCAGUUCGGUACAGAUGUCACAGUCUCUGGAAGCUGCAGCAGGCUCUGCAGUACCUGUGAAACCAACUUCUGAAUCAGUAGUCCCACCUUUGGUUUCCAACAUGGCCCCAAUGGCUGACCCCUCUUCAGGUUCUCCCUCCCUGCUGACCACAUCCAAUCAGACCCCUCUCAGUGCUCUCGGACAUGAAGAUUCCUCCAGCUCAUUGGCUCCACCUCAACACAAUAACUCCCUCCCUACACAACAGAACAGUUUGGCGCCGCCUUCAGUUCGCACUUCAAACACUGGUCUACUGGACCCAAAUGUGGACUGUGAAUCCAGCUUGCACACCCCGCCUUUCUCCUCUGUGGCUCCUUCCUCUGUGCCCCUUUCCUCUUCCUCGACAUCACUGGCUCCCGUCGCCCAGUCUUCAUCUGUCAGUUUUGUCACGGCACAAUCCUCUCUGGGUCCGGUUAGCAGUCUGACCAUGGGACUGAACAGUGGCGCUGGUGUUCCAUCCAUGAUCCCUCCCACGGCUGGUGUAUCUUCCACUGCUGCACAUUUAUCGGCCUCCUCGUCUCGCAACACUGCUGCCUCAGGGAAAGCACCUCCAAACUUGCCUCCCGGUGUGCCGCCACUACUGCCCAAUCCUUACAUCAUGGCUCCUGGCCUGCUUCACCCUUACGCACCUCAAGUGUAUGGCUAUGAUGACUUGAUGUUACAGACCAGAAUACCACUUGACUAUUACAGCAUCCCAUUUGCUACUCCAACCACAGCAUUGACUGGCAGGGAUGGCAGUUUGACAAGUAACCCUUAUUCUGCUGGUGACUUGUCCAAAUUUGGCCGCGGUGAUGCCUCGUCCCCUGCUCCCACCACGACAAUGGCCCAGCCUCAGCAGUCCCAGACUCAAACGCACCACACCACCCAGCAGCCCUUCAUCAACCCAGCCCUUCCACCCGGAUAUAGCUAUACCAGCCUGCCCUAUUACACUGGUGUGCCUGGUCUACCCAACGCCUUCCAGUACGGCCCUGCCAUGUUUCCGGUGGCUCCUACCUCCUCAAAACAGCAUGGUGUGAAUAUUGGUGUCAAUGCCUCAGCCGCGGCCUUCCAGCAAGCGAGCGGCUAUGGAUCACAUGGAUACAGCACUGGCUAUGAGGAUUUGGGCCAGGCUUCAGCAGGGAGUGGGGAUUUCUGUAAGGGCGGUUACAGCACCGCCAUUGCUGCCGCUGCUGCUUCCGCGCAAAACAAGCCCGCCAGCUCUGUCACCGGGCCCGGAGUGGGGGUCUCUGUGACAUCCAGCAACACGGGAGUCCCUGAUAUUUCAGGGUCUGUUUACACAAAGACACAGUCUUUUGAGAAGCAGGGUUUCCACACAGGAACUCCCAGCGCUUCCUUUAGUUUGCCCUCAGCACUUGGAAGUGGUGGCCCUAUCAAUCCUCCUGCUGCACCGGGCUAUGCUCCAGCUCCCUACAUGCACAUCCUGACCCCCCACCAGCAGCCCCACUCUCAGAUGCUCCAUCACCACAUGCAGCAGGAUGGACAGAGUGGCUCUGGACCUCGCAGUCAGAAUGCCUCUAUUCAACAGAAGUCGCAGAUCAACAAGUCUGGUUACAACAGCUACAACUGGGGAGGCAAUUAACAGCCCUUCCUGCCCUGUCUGGUGUUCCAAAGGCUGGAUUAGUGGAUCCUUCUCCCCAGAAAUCUCCCCUUUUCUCUUUCGUCCAUGACACUCCCUCUCCUCUCUUUGUGCAGACACCCUGCAGUACCACCUCUAUUCUACUGGUGGUGCUGUCUUAAGAGAGUUUGCACUGUAAGGCGCUGAUAGAGGAGGUGCUACUGGGGAGACUUCCUAAUGUGGAGGAUUGUGCGAGUAUGUGGAUAGAUACUUAGGCCUUCAAGAGCGGAGUAUUGAGUAUUUGGAGUUUGUUUUGUGUUAAAGAAUGUGUAAGCACCUACCCCGAUUUUCUUUCUGGCAUAUGUAACCUAGAUCUGUUUCUAAAAGGACAAAUGUUUAACUUUUACUGGUUGAUAAAAUGAAAAAGAGAGAGCUUUGAUCAAGAGAGAGAGGGCUGGCUUUUUUUUUUUUUUUUUUUGGGUGCACGGCAUUUGUUCUUUCCAACUUUUCAGCUUAUUGCUUUUUGAGGACUAGCAAUCCAAAUGUACAUUUCGACCUCUUACUCUCCCCUGCAAUGAGUUUUUACCAAAUUUUAGUUUGGAAGAAGGAUGAUAUCCCUCUAAAUCAGCUAAUUCAGUUUGUGAAGUUUAUUUUUGACCAAAUAUAAAUAGAUAUACAGAAAAAUGUGUACUGAAGCUCACAGGCUUCAGAUCUGUUCUGCGUGUGUUUGGGGUUUCGUGUGUGUGUGUGUGUGUGUGUGAGAGAGAAUGUGUCGUCAGGGUGGCCAGUGUAUGAAUGUUUUCUUAAUCUUUAGGCUUAAAUGUUUAUUCAUUUAAUUCCUUUAUUGAAGCCUUGUACCCUCAAUUUGUGAGAUGUGCACUGGUCACCUUAACUUUUUUUUCCAUUUAACCAUUCUCCUUAUUGCAGGGAGACUGGAUUGUUAGGGUUAGUUUCCCCAAAAAUGUAAAUGUAAUUUGCUCACCCUCAUGUUGUUCUAGAACUGAAUGACUUUCUUCCACAGAACACACAAGGCAGAAUGUUUUCCUCAGUCCCCAUUCACUUUCAUUGCAUGGGGGAAAAAGAUGCAAUUAAAGUAAACUAACUGAUUGUCUGUCCCUAACAUUCUGCCAAACAUCUCCUUUGUGAUUCAAACCAAGAGAACAUCAUUGUUUGGAACAAUGUGAGGGUCAAUGAUGACCAUUUAUUUUUGGGAUAACUAUCUCUUUAAGGCAUGGUUUUGACCUCAGUGUUUUGCCACAGGCGUGAACAUUUUUUUUAUAAUUUGUUUGAGGAUGUGUUGUACAAGAGAGGUCAAAGUUUCCAUAGGCCACCCUAUGUGUGCAAGUGUCUUUCCACAGCCUCUUUUGUCAUACCUGCAGUCAUUCUCCCCUUAAUAUGCACCACUUUCUGUACCCAAAUAUAUUAUUUUAGUAAUAUGAUAAUUAGGAAAGUGCUGAUGGACAGAAUUGUACUAUGGGUAAAAAAAAAAAAAUUUUUUUUUUUUUUUUUUUGGGUCAUUGACUUUUUGUACUGUGUUUUAAAAAAACAAAGAUUUAAAUGGAUACAUUUUUCUUGUAAAUAUAUAUAUAAAACAAGUACUGUAGUCUGUUUGAUGGCUUCUUUUUUUUUUCCCCCCUUUCAAAUCCUUACACAGACUUGUUAGCAUUUUGUUUCAUAAUGUUUUUUAUUUUGUAAAAAUAUAUAUAAAUAUUAAGUAAAUAAACCAAGACAUUUUCAUCAUUUUUGGAUGUGAAUGUCUUUUUUAAGAAAACCAAGUUUGUGUGCCUUUUAACUGCAGUCUGCUUGUUUGUAUUAUUAGUUACAUUUUGCCUUGCAAGUUUGUCUCUGAUAUGGUAAGCCAGUAUACUAUAAAGUUAGACACUAAAACUAAUAAAUCUUUU